AUGUCAACAAAAAAACGAGUUGUUCUUACUGCUGCACAAAAACAUGAAAUUUGCAAAGCAAAAGAAAAAAAUCCAAAUAUUAAAAACAUAGACCUCGCAAACCAGUAUUCUGUCGGUAAGUUAACAAUAACUGAUAUUUUAAAAGAAAAGGAAAGAUGUGCUUAUGAUGAUCUGCAAAAUGGAGUAACAAAAGAGAUGGCUGAAUAUAAUGUUUAUAAUGCUAUACUUAACGUAGCUGAA